CGGCGCACGACGCACGCCAUGACCACUUUGCAAUUCGCAGCGAUGCGCAAGACGCUGCUCUCGCUCCUCUCGCUCGUGGCCGCGGCCGCCGCGGCACCUCUCAACGACACGACCAAUGCCAACCGCACGGCUCCCUACGACCCGCUCUACGAGCAACUCGCCGCGCGCUUCCGCGCAGACUACAACGAUACGCAGUAUCUGACCACGUCGCCGGCGCUCAAGCACAUUAGCAACCUCGAGGACCGUCCGGUCUUCUACGAAUACAACUUUUUUGUCAACGGCCCGAGCUUCGCCAACGUCGGCGGCAACAGCAAGUUCAACUACGCGCUCUCAAUGACCGACAAGACGGUCACAACGACGCCAUACAUGUUUGGGUGGGGGGCGCACCACUGGCGGCUGCGCGACGGGUGGCCGCCGUACCCCGACAACAUUCCGCGCCGCGAGUGGAUCGUGCACCCGGACCCCAAGAACUUCCUCUGCCUCGACGCGUGGUGGGACGGGCCGACGCUGCGCGUGCACGGCUGGGAGUGCAACCGCGCCAACAUCAACCAAAUGUGGCUCGUCGAGUACGACGACACCAAGAUGUUCAAGGUCGUGUUUCUGCGCCCACGCCACUCGCCCGAGUACUGCCUCACGGUCAACGGCAUCACGUCGUCGUACAACAACCCGUACGCAGUGGUCUUGGACAAGUGCACGUGGCGCGUCGAGCAGCAGCAGAUCUGGGCCCCGGUUCUCAUGGGCCCGAUCGACCCCUAACCGCAUGCACGGACUAGUCAUACAUCUACGUUUAUGUCAUCCAUAAGAUAGUGUCCAUGCAAUGGCAGACAGAAUUGUCCUCC